AUGUCCUUUUACGUCGCACCCAGCCAGCAGCGCACCCUCCGCGCGUGCAUGGUCUGCUCUCUCGUCCAGCUACACAGCAAAUUCAUGCGCGAAGGUUGCCCAAACUGUGAUAACGUGCUUGGCCUCCGCGGAAACAACGACAACAUCCAAGAAUGCACCUCGCAGGUCUUCGAGGGCGUAAUUACUGUCAACGAACCGACAACGAGCUGGGUGGCUCGCUGGCAACGACUAGAUAGCUACGUUCCCGGCACAUACGCGGUCAAAGUGACGGGGUCGCUGCCAAAUGAGGUUAUUGGGCAUUUGGAGGAUGCUGGGAUAAAGUAUAUUCCUAGGGAUGGGAGUCAGGUCGAGGAGGAGGGGUGA